AUGCUUCUCGCCGACAGCUUUGCCCGCGCCGGGUACAUUACUGUUGCCCCGGACUUGAUGGACGGCAAGCCAAGGACCGAAGGCUCCAUGUCAGGGUUCAACGCAAGCGAGUUUUUCAAGUCGCAUGGACCUAGCGUCACAGACCCCAAAGUUGAGAAAGCCAUCGCGUACAUGCGAGAGCAGAUGGGCGUCCGUCACAUUGCCUCGACUGGGUAUUGUUUCGGUGGGCGAUAUGUCUUCCGAGCACUUGGUCUUCCUGACAAAAAGGGAGUGCAGGUUGGGUUUGCUGCACAUCCAAGCGCACUCGGUGAUGACGAAAUCAAGGCUAUUAGAGGACCUGCAAGUUUAGCCGUGGCUGAGGGGGAUACUGCUAUCGGAAGAUACCUGUAUGUUCAGGCUCCUUCGAGUCACAUCAGAAACCCGAUAUUUCACAUUGCCAAAAUGUCUCUCGCCUUCAGCAACAAAGUUAUCAUUGUGAUUGGCUCUGCAUCUGGAAUGGGCUUAGCUACAGCAAAGACUCUGCUCAAUGAAGGUGCCAAGGUUGGGAUGUCUGACGUCAACAGCGCGGCUCUUGAGAAUGCAGUCAAAGGACUUGACGCAGAGCAACAAGGCAGAGUGUUCUCCAGAGCCUCAGAUGUCACAGACCGCUCAUCGAUCCGUGGCUUCCUAAGAGACACAAAGUCGCAUUUCGGCAAGGUUGAUGGCGUCGCCAACUUUGCCGGCUGUGGUGGUCAUGAAUUGGGCACCCAGUCGAUCUGGGAAACCAGUGACGCCGAAUUCAACUUCAUCACCAAUCUUAACAUCAAGGGGGCAUUUCAUGUACUCGCUGAAGCUCUGAUGCCCGACUUCCUAUCUCACGGCGGAAGUUUUGUUCAUGUCGGAAGCAUGUUCUCUCUCCAAGGCUUCCUGAAGGGUGCGGUGUUUGCCGCUUCCAAGCAUGCGUCCCUGGGUAUGGUUCGCAGUGCCGCUAAAGAAGUCGGCGACAAGGCUAGGGUCAAUUGUGUGUUACCCGGUGCUAUUGACACGCCGAUGCACCAGGCCAAUUUGGCUAGAGUGCCCAAGGACUUCCCUACCCCAAUACUUGUAGGAAUGGCCCAAGAAGUUGCCGAUGUGACCGUUUUCAUGCUCAGCGACAAGAGCACCUUUGUCAAUGGAGCCGCUUGGAGUGUCGACGGGGGUGCCGGUUUGUAA